AUGGUCUGCGGCAACCUGGACAGCAACCAGGUCUCCAGAGAUCCUGAUGAUUUCCAGUGCACAGGGGCUGUGCAGCAGAGUUUCGCACCACUUGUGAAUUCCUUGAACCUUGGCAUUGCAAGCCCACUUCUGUUGGGCCCUCCUCCUUUACAGCUUGCACAAAUUAAGACACAGUUGGCUCUUCAGCAAUUGACCUCAGUUGCUACCAACAGUUCUGCACCUCCUUAUGCUUGGUUAAAUCAAGCAUUUCUGAAAAGCGCAAUGUUUAGUCCUAGAGGAACUUUACCUCAGAGGCCGAGAGGACCUAAUCCAUCUGGCACAAAGCCUCCAGGAUCCUUUAGGGGAGGAGGUGCAGCAGGUCUUCAGAGAAAGCCUGCACCUGGAACACCUCAAGGAGUGUCACAAAGAUUUUCGGGACAGGAAACGUUUCAGUGGACGGGUUCACAGAGGAUAAACGUUCGGGUAACUCUGCACAGGGCUGAUCCGAGGCAGGUAAAAGCGAAGACGAACAUACACCAGGAGCAGAAGGGAGAGCCCCGCACAAGUCACUGGGAUAAUACCCCGUGCUCCGCUGGGACAACUGGGCAAAAGCCGUCUACCUCGGCACGGGUCACAGAGCAGAACUCAAAUGCCCAGAACCGCUACACACCAGAAAGCGCUUCCAGUAUUUUAGCGAGUUUUGGGCUCUCUAAUGAAGAUUUGGAGGAACUCAGUCGCUAUCCAGAUGAUCAGUUAACACCUGAAAACAUGCCGCUAAUCUUGAGAGAAAUACGGAUUCGUAAGAUGGGUCAUUCUUUAUCUGGUUUACAUUCUCAGAGCAGAGGAGAAGAAGCGGUUGGUGGUACAAGUGGUACAGCAGUCAAGAGUAAAGUAAUUGAUUAUGGGCACGCAAGCAAAUACGGUUAUACAGAAGAUCCUCUUGAAGUGCGUGCUUAUAAUUCUGAAGUGCUGGCUGAAGAUCCUCUCGAAGCACGUGUCUAUAAUCCUGAAGCGUCGAGCGGAGAGAACAGGGAAGACUUCCAACGAGAGCAGAAUAUGUCAUUGGGUGUCCCACCAUCUAGCGUGACCUGUAAUCCAGUGUUUCCAGUUGAAGACUUAAUAAAACCGACGGGGUUCCAGAAUGAUUCAUCAAACACUCGAUCGUUUUUUCCAGCUGAGACUCCGGGAAAGGUGUCUGGAUUGUGUGCAACACCCACUGGACUCCCUGUGGUGAAGUCUGUUUCCCAGCCUGUGCCGCCUCUUGUCCAGCAGUCUAUGACCCAGCAUGUCAUGCCACCGAUGACCCAGCCACCCUUUUCAGCUGAACUUCUUGCAGCUGUAAGCCAACAUGACCGAAUUCAGCAUGAAUCUGGUACAAGCCAGUCUAAUGCCCAGAGCGGCUCAGGAGCAGGACAGAAGCCCUUCCAGACACAGGCUGAGGGGCCAAUUAGAUCUCCUUUUGGUAUUGUGAAAGCAUCAUGGCUUCCCGCGUUUCUACAGUCUGAUGCCCAGAAGAUAAAAAGAUUGCCCACUCCGUCAAUGAUGAAUGACUACUAUGCUACAUCUCCAAGAAUAUUUCCACAUAUGUGUUCUCUGUGUAACAUUGAAUGCACUCGUAUGAAGGACUGGAUUCUGCAUCAGAACACUCCUUCUCACAUUGAAAGCUGCCGCCAGUUACGUCAACAAUACCCUGAUUGGAACCCUGAGUCUCAUUCCUCAAAGAGAAAUGCUGGUGACAGAAAAGAAAACCAGACCCCAAAGCGUCGUUCCAACUCUGCCAGUCCCAGUCCUAGACGUUCGAGGGUCACAGGCUCUGGCUAUGUUCUUCGCCGAUCACGAUCGAGAUCCAGAAGCCCUGGCCGCUUCAGGCCAACAAGGCCAAGAAGUCGAAGCCCGCGGCAGAUGCGACGACUUAGCCCCAGACACAGCAAAGAAAUGGAAGAGGAUGAAGAAGAUUUAUCCACAGGAACCAGUGGACCUUGUCCUACUCCUUAUAAUAGGCUGUUGAGAGAAGAAUUGCUGAGUUGUGGGACAGUCCUUCAUAUAUCUGAUUUACCAGAUGAUGGCUUUUCAGAUCAAGAUAUUAAAAAAAUUGUUCAGCCUUUUGGCAAAGUUAGUGAUCUCCUUGUACUUCGCUCUAGAAAUGAGGCCUUCUUGGAAAUGAACUUCAAAGAAGCUGUGAUAGCAGCUGUGAAAUAUGGUGAAACUGUGCCAGUGCUGGUAAAUGGGAAACGGGUGAAAAUAAGUGUAGCAGAAAAGCCAAAAGCAUCUCCUGGCCAGGAACUUGAUGAUAUAUGUGUGGUUCUUAUUUCAAACUUGCCUGAGAAAGGAUAUUCUGUUGAGGAAGUUUCCAACUUAGCAAAGCCAUUUGGGGGACUGAGGGAUGUGCUAAUUUUAUCGUCUCAUAAAAAGGCGUAUCUUGAAAUAAGUAGAAAAUCUGCAGAUUCCAUGGUUAAAUUUUACACCUGCUUUCCAAUGUCACUGGAUGGAAAUCAGCUCUGCAUUAACAUGGUGCCUCAGUAUAAGACUAUAAAAGAUGAAGAAGCAAUAUUUACUGCUAUAAUUAAAGACUCUGACCCUAAGGUAAAUACUGAAACUAUACAUAAUCAGUUUGUCCAUCUCGGGAACUUGCCAGAUGAUGGAUACAGAGAACUGGAAGCGGUUUGUGUGGGACUUCGGUUUGGAAAAGUAGAUCAUUAUGUUGUGCUGAAGAAUAAAAACAAGGCAAUUCUGCAGCUGGAUAGUCCCAAGUCAGCCAGAUCAAUGUACAGCUUCCUGAAGCAAUAUCCGUACAAUAUGGGUGAGCAUACAUUGACAUGUACAUUGUCACCCAAUGGAGAGUCUGCUGAGACUGCUGAAGUUGUGAAAAAAGAAGUGAAGAAAGAGGAACCAAGCAAAGGAAGUGUGGCAAAGAAAGGACCCAUUUCCAUCUCUAAUGUCAAAGACGAGAUGUCAGCAGUACAGAUAGAGCCCUCUGAGUCCCAUCUUGAAAGAGCAGUAAGGGAGUCUGCUCCAAGACUGGUAGAAACAUCCGUGGAGAAAGCCGACGCUGGAGUUGAAGCUACUGUGGCAUCUAUCAAAUCUGCUGAUACUGAAUCAUCUGAAGCGAAGUCAGAAGAGAUGCUGCUGCCGCCUUCCAGUGUGGAGAAAGAAGAGGCAGUUAAAGAUAAUACUGAACCAGAGUUGUUUGAAUCUGCUGUUGUAUCUUCAUCAGAGAAGGAAAUUAAAGCUGAAGAGUUGUCUGCUCCUGCCAUUGAACCACCAGAAGAAUUGUCCGAUGUGGGCAAGGCUGAAGAUGUGCCAUCAGAUUGUGCUGUGAAGCUGUCAGCGGGGGAAUCGACAGGGGCUGUCCCUGAAGCGGUGCCCCCUGAUUCUGAUGCAGCUUCAGUGGACAUGGUGUCAUCUGUUGUCACACACACAAACGCGUUGGAUGCUCCUGAAAAAAAUCCUAUUUCUGAUGCUGUGAAAAUUGAACAUGAGAUGCCUGUAACUCAGAUAACAGAGAAGAAACCUGUACUUAAAACUGGGGUGGCCACGGAGAAUAAACUGGAUGUAGCUGGAGCAGACACGCAGAUGAAACCGGAAGAGUCUGCACUCAAAGUUGGAAGAGGUGUGGAGGAGAACCCUGAAAAGCUUUUGGUCAAGACUGGGGCAGAGACAGAGAAGAAACUUGAAAAAUUUGUGGCCAAGGUCGGAGCUGCUGUGGAAAAUGCUGCAAAUACCGUCAAUGAGAACAACGAGGGAAGUUUAAUCAAAGCACAACAAAAUAAAGGAACAGGACCAGCAAAAACUGAUGAAACCUGCAAAGCAGUUACGUUAAGCUCCUCUUUAUCUGUCAAGGAGUCUUCCUCUGUUGGUAAAACGAUUUUAAAGGCAAUGGUGUCUCUUCCGGAUAUAUCAAAGUCAAGGGUUCCAGUACGGAGAAGUGAGCCUUCCCUGUGUAAAGGAGGGGAGCAGAAAGCUCCCUCGAAACCUGAGUCCCAAGGCCAAGCAGUGGUGGAGAAGAAAGUCGCAUCAAAAGAAGAGGGUCAUCUGCAACCUGAUAGCAGCCGAUCAAGCCUGGGAGAUGGCAGCGGCAAAUGUAAAAUGAGCAGAAGUUCUGUUGUUGAUGGAAAGGGAGGCAAUGGGAGGAAUUCAUCUCAGCAAGAGAAGGACUCACGAGUGGAAUCUAGGGCUAGUUCAAAACAGUCUCAAGAGGGAGAGAGUAGAUCAUCCAGCAUGAAGAAAGACAACAGCAGCAAUAAGGCUUCUGUUGGUGGCAAUACUAAAACUUCAAAAAGUGACACUAGCAGCAGUGCAAAACAAAAAGAGGAAGAAGAGCUGUUUCCAUUUAACCUGGAUGAAUUUGUUACUGUGGAUGAGGUCGUAGAGGAAAUUGAGUCUCCUGUUAAAACACGGCGAAAUCCACCAAGGGGAAAGAGAAAAGACGGUGCUAAAAACAACUCCCCUUCUGAGCCUACUUCCAAGAGAAGAAAAGGGAAGAGCUCCAUAGCAUGCAUUGCUGAAAGCGAACUGUCUUUUGUCACUUUGGAUGAAAUCGGUGAGGAGGAGGAUGUGACUGCACAUGACCCGCAGGGCCUGGUUGUAGUGGAUGAAGUGAUUGAAGAGGAAGAACUUAUGUCAGAAGCAGUAAAGGAUCCACAGUCGCUUGUUACUUUGGAUGAGAUAUCUGAACAGGAGGACCUUAGUUCUCAUAAAGAUAUCCCUAGGUCAGUUUUUGAGGAGCAGGAUUUGAAAGCUGAGCCCUUGGUAACUGUAGAUGAAAUCGGCGAAGUGGAAGAGCUGCCUCUGAAUGAGCCUACGGACUUGAAUAUUGAGGAUGUGCUGAAACAGAAGGAGGAUGAUAAAGUGGCUGCUGAGGAUACUGGAGAUUGUGCUUCCUCUCAGGUGCCUGAUGAUCCCAGUGCUUUAGUGACAGUAGAUGAAAUACAAGAGGACAAUGAAGAUAACCCUCUGGUGACUUUGGAUGAAGUUAAUGAAGAUGAAGAUGAUUUUCUGGCUGAUUUCAAUCGUCUAAAAGAGGAACUAAACUUUGUUACAGUAGAUGAAGUUGGAGAGGAGGAUGAGGAGGAAGACAAUGCUUCCCCAGGGAAAAAUCUGAAUGAGGGUGAAGACGAUGAAGAUAUUGUUGCUGUUGCAGGACCAGAGGAAGAAGAAAUUGCUGCCAUUGCAGGACCAGAAGAGGAGGACAUUGUUGCUGUUGCAGGACCAGAAGAAAUGGAAAUUCUGGGAGAUAUGAGUCCAGAAGAAAUUAUGGCAAUCUCAAAGUCAAAAGAUCAGCAGGGAUCGGGCGAUAAAGAACCAGAGUCUAAGCGGAAGAAGAUGGCUUCUUCAGAUGUAUCAAAGACGCGGAGUACUCCAAAAGAUUUGGACUACCUAGUUCCAAAGGCUGGCUUUUUCUGUCAGAUCUGCUCGCUGUUCUAUGCAGAUGAAACGUCUGUGAAAAAUCACUGCAAGACACCACUUCAUCAGCAGAACAUGGAGAAGUUCAUGGCCAAGCAGAAGGACGAGCAUAACGAUGGGUAA